AACGACAUGGAAGCGGUUGGCAAAUUUGAGUUCAGCCGGAAAGAUCUGAUCGGACAUGGGGCUUUUGCCGUGGUCUUCAAAGGCCGGCACAGAGAGAAACCUGAAGUAGAGGUGGCCAUAAAAUGCAUUAACAAGAAAAACUUGGCAAAAUCGCAGACCCUCUUGGGGAAAGAAAUCAAGAUAUUAAAGGAACUGAAACAUGAUAACAUCGUCGCUUUGUACGACUUCCAGGAGAUGGCAAACUCCGUUUAUUUAGUGAUGGAGUACUGCAACGGCGGUGAUCUGGCCGACUACUUGCACAGCAUGAGAACGCUCAGCGAAGACACGAUCCGUCUCUUUUUCCAGCAAAUUGCAGGCGCCAUGAAAAUCUUGCAUAGCAAAGGGAUCAUCCAUAGGGAUCUGAAGCCCCAGAAUAUUCUGCUUUCCUUCACGGGGGGCAAGAAGUCGAACCCCAAUAACAUCCGCAUCAAGAUCGCUGAUUUUGGAUUUGCACGGUACCUGCAGAACAAUAUGAUGGCGGCGACGCUGUGCGGUUCUCCCAUGUACAUGGCCCCAGAAGUGAUUAUGUCUCAACAUUACGAUGCCAAAGCUGAUCUGUGGAGUAUUGGAACGAUUAUCUACCAGUGUCUGACGGGAAAAGCCCCUUUUCAGGCAAGCAGUCCUCAAGACCUGCGUCUCUUCUAUGAGAAAAACAAGAUGCUCGUGCCAAACAUCCCCAGAGAAACAUCAACCCAUUUGAGACAACUGCUCUUAGGGCUGCUGCAACGAAAUUACAAAGACCGCAUGGAUUUUGAUGAAUUUUUCCACCACCCCUUCUUGGAUACUAGUGCCUCUAUGAAAAAAUCUGCAUCUGUGCCAAUGCCUUCUUAUCCAAGCUCAGGCUCAGGGAGCUCCUCCAGCAGUUCUUCCACCUCCCACUUGGCAUCACCUCCUUCCCUUGGCGAGAUGCCCCACCUCCAGGAGAAGACUUCAGCCUCUCCCCCACAAGGCUCCCCUGCUUUCAUGCGCAGGUCAAAGGAGUCAGCAGGAAGCAGCAGCAAAAAUUCAUCAUGUGACACCGAUGACUUUGUCAUGGUGCCAGCCCAGUUUACAAGUGAUAUAGCUGUGGAGGCUACUGGAGGAAAACCGAUCCAGGACAGUCUGAUGGGGAGUGGGAGCUCCCUGGUGACUUCUGCAGACUUGGAAAGCCAUGGAAGGACUCUGUCUCCUUCCCCUCCAUACAGCAGUUCUCCUAGCCCAUCUGGGCGAUCAAGCCAAUUUUCAUCCAGCACGAGAUACGGACAAUCAGUGCCCAUCCCAGUUCCUACCCAGAUCCAAAACUACCGCCGGAUUGAGCAGAAUCUUCAAUCCCCUAAUCAAUAUACUUUGCCACGGUCUAGUACUGUCAAAAGAUCCAGCAGCACGAGUCCACUAGGCUUCCUGAAAGCCAGCCCAUCCCCUCCAUUUUCUGCUGGCGAGCAUGGAGCAGUGCCAUCCCCUAGAAGGUUUUCCUUUGGUGGUGCCAAGCCUUACACACCUUCCCCGCAAGUUGGAACAAUUCCAGAGCAGCCAGACCAGAUGGUCAUGCCUUGUCCUCUUGGAGCAGAGUUGAGAACUCGAGUGCCCCUAUCAGAUGCUUCAGGACCGGACCCUUCCCUGCAAGGGCUGGGCUAUCGCCUUCACAGCGCUCCCAACCUCUCCGAUUUCCAUUCCUGCCGGCAGAAAGUCACCAAGCAGUACUCAGAUCCGCUGGUCGCCCACUUCAGCCCCAUCCCAGCUGGCCAGCCCACACGGCUGCCCAGUCUGCAAUCUGGUCGGCCCCUGAGGUCUUCCCCAAAGCUCUCCGAAUUCAUGCAGAGGACUCCCUUGCCCACCAUUUUGGGUUCUCCAACAAAGGCAAUGUCACCAUUUGAGUUCAGUAAAACACCUAGUUCCCAAAAUCUGUUUGCUCUCCUGGCCCAUCAAGCAGUUGUCAUCACCCCGACGAGGAACAAGACUCUACCGGAUUUGAAAGAAAUGGGUCACUUCCCUUGCCAACAAGGAGGUCUCAGUUUGAGGCCGAUGGAAGACGCCAAAGGCAGGUCACUCAGCACUGGCCGCCUCACCGAUCUGCUUCUUAAGGCUGCUUUUGGGGAAGCUAGCAAUAAUGACAGCCUCAACAGCGAAAAGCCCAUGGAAAUCACAGGAACCUUUCACUCAGGGGCUAGAGAAGGUUGUUCAGUAAGUCCUUCGCCAGUGGUCUUCACAGUUGGAUCACCUCCUGCUGGGACGACACCACCACAAACCACCCGGACCAGAAUGUAUUCAGUGGGAUCUUCAAGUUCUCUUAGUUCUGGAGGAUCUUUCACUGGGCGCCACUUAAUUAUGGGAGCUGGUGGGGAAAUCCUUGAAGCCCCAUCAGGUCUCAGAUAUACAUUUGCUGAUCCGAUUGCUGCCAACCUGGAAGGAGCAGUUACCUUUGAGGCACCUGAGCUCCCAGAGGAGACCCUCAUGGAACAAGAGCACACGGACAUCCUGCGCAGCUUGCGGUUCACUCUGGCUUUUGUUCACUACGUGAUGGAGCUCGCCACCAUCAAAGGCAGCGCCAGCGAGAUGAGCAGCUCGGUGGCCUCGGAGUACCAGCUUCAGGAGAGUGUGGUUGCUGACCAAAUCAGUUUGCUCAGCAAGGAAUGGAGCUACGCUGAACAGCUGGUGCUGUAUUUGAAAGUUGCUGAGUUGCUGUCCUCGGGCCUCCAGAUGGCCAUUGACCAGAUCCGGGCAGGCAAGCUGUGUCUCUCCUCCACCGUCAAGCAAAUUGUGAGAAAACUCAACGAUCUGUAUAAAAGUAGCGUCUCUUCAUGCCACCACCUGAACUUAAGGCUACAGAGGUGGUUCAUGGACAAACAGAAGCUCAUGGACCGCAUCAACAGCAUCACGGCUGAAAAACUGAUCUUCAGCCACGCUGUGCAGAUGGUUCAGGCUGCGGCGCUGGAUGAGAUGUUCCAUCACCGAGAAGACUGUGUUCAAAGAUACCAGAAAGCGUUGCUGUUGAUGGAAGGACUCUUGAACUUCAUCACUGAGCAAGGAGAUGUUGAGAACAUCAAUAAAUGCAAAAUGUGCAUUGAACGCCGUCUGUCCAGCUUGCUAUCAGGGAUCUGUGCAUGACAAUAAGCUUUGUUUCUCUUUCCAUGCAGGAGUAUCAGCUGGUUUCCUGCUUAACCUUUUUGCCCCAUGCAAACUGGGAAAAGGUAGAUUCAGAAGGCCUACAUGUCCCCCUUUUCCAUCUGGUGGAAGAGGGCUGAGGAAACCAAGGACCAAACCUCCUUUGUGUCCACUGGUUUUAUUUUUUCUGAGGAAGAACAGAUGAGGUUAUUGCAAUGCCAGCUUGGCUCCCUAAAUCUGGAGUUACUUCGUCUACUGCUGGCAGUGGACGCCUGGAGGGCUUCUCCAUUGCUGGAAGGAUGAAGCUCAGCCAGAAAGGAAUGUCACUGGUGAAAAGACGUGUUAUUAUACAACUGUUGUCCAGUUGCACGCUUGGGCCCUAUCCACCAUCCCCCGAUCUCCAUGUUCUUGGCUUUCUUCAACAUCACCCAUGCUUCUCAUCUCUUUCUGCGUGGGAAGAAGAAAGAAGAUCUGGAGCUCAGUUUUGCUGGAGCAUACUUCUUCCAUUCGAGUGCUGGAAACCUGACUAUCUCCUUCCAUGGUGGAUGCAAUGGGGCAGAGGCCAUUCCUUCUUUAUCUAUGGGGAGGCGGACAAAUCCAUAGAAGGACGUAGACCUCUUUAAAGCGGUUGGAGCAAUGCAAUACAAUUUUAAGCUAUCAUGUUCUCUCUCAAGAAGCCAAAAUGUGUAGAAUAAAGAGAUCUACACCCGGGGAAGGGGGCAUUAAAUCAUUGCAUGAAAGUGGCCCCUCUUGUCCAGAGUAGGCUGUGAGAAAACAUCUGUUCUGGAGAAAUGCUGGGUUUCUUUUGUCAGUAGCCUUUCUUCCCCGAGGGACAGGAAAUGAGGAAAGAAAACACGUAUGCAACACACACUAGCUUUGUGAAUCAAAGGAGCACUUUAUGGAGAUUCUGAACUUGAUGCUUGUGUACCUGGUCCUCUGUAAUUGCUCCUAGGAGGUCUAUAGGACAACUUCCUCCUCCUGACUUUUUCUGCUACGUGCUAAUUUCAUCGUAGAGGGUUCGUCUGUGCGCGUUCUGUUUUUGUUUCUUUUUUAAAAAAUUGCACUACAAGUGUGUGUGCGUGGGUGUACACACCCACGCACACAUUGCUCAGAUCCAAUAUGUAUUUAUGUGUAUAUAAUGUAUAGUGUAAUCUUACGUGUUUUAACUGUACUGUAUGUUAUUCUUAGGAGGAGAGGGGAAAAAACAUCUGUGCUUUUCUCCUGUUCUGUCUGUAAUCCAGGUUGCUAACUUGAACGUUUUCUAACACCGAGGAUGGUCUGUUUUAUUCUCUCUCCCUCUCUCUCAGCAUGGUCUUCAGAAGCUCAAGGACAGGAUUGCGAUGGCUUGUGUAUUUGCAAUUUAGUGGGUCCCCCCCACCCAUUUUUGCAAAGAAGGUUUUUUAGCUGUCUGUUCUCCCGUUUUAGCAUUUAACGGGCCCUCAUUUCCCCCCUCCUCUGUUUUUAAAGCAAUGAAGUGGCCGGAAAGAGUUAGGGCAUAGCGUGCAUGUUUCUGCAUUUUGGAGUGUGUGUGUGUGUGUGUGUGUGUGUGUAUGUGGGGGGGGCUGUAUAUGCACAUUUGAACUUGUGAGGGUGCCACACCCGCGAGCAAACGCUUGAGACGCACCAGUGGGCUUUUUCUGUGUUGCGUGUUGUGCCGUACUGUUGUGUGCCUGUUUUUUUCAUGGAGGGAUCCAACGUUCGGUUAAUUUUGUUGGUGCGAAGCGAGAAGGCCUCCUCGUGAACCGUAACCGAGAUUUCAGUAUUAACGUUCUUUUUUUUCCCCCUCUUCUAAAAUAGAGUGAGUCACGUUUAUUUGCACACCGCCAGUUCAGAAUUCAUCAUUUGUUUUCUCGUAAGGAACAAUCGUAC